AGGGCACUUUGUACCUUCAUGUCCACGGAGGCAAAGGACGGCAGUCCUGUGACAAAGUCAAGCAUGUGGCUGAGAGUCUUCAUCAUGUUGGUCUUCAGCCUUCAGAGCUGCUGCUCAGUUUCAGUCUUUCUGGGUCCAGACCAGGCCCAUGGUGUUCUGAUCCGGACUCGGAGGUACAACUCCGGCUGGUUUGAGGAGCUGAAAACGGGAGAUCUGGAGAGGGAGUGUUUGGAGGAGAAGUGCAGCUUUGAGGAGGCCAGAGAGGUGUUUGAGCAUACAGAGACGGCGAACGAGUUCUGGAAGACGUAUUCCAUCCCGGACAGCUGCAAAUCCGGUCCCUGUCUGAAUGGAGGAACAUGCAUCACCGAGGGUUCGUCCUACACCUGCUUAUGUCCUCCUCAGUUCAGAGGACUUACCUGUGAGCUCGAACACCGGAUGCAGUCAGAAAGUUGUUUUCUGCAGAACGGAGAUUGUGAACAUUUCUGUGAGGAAGACGCUUUUGGACAAAGAUUAGCUUGUUCGUGUGCUGACGGCUACGUGUUGGACGCUGACGAACGAAGCUGCAACACAAAAGAGCCAAUAGCCUGUGGCAUGGUCCCUGUCCUGCAGGGGGCAGCAAAAGAAGAGCAUCUGAGGAUUGUGGGUGGAAGUGAGUGUCCAAAAGGUGAAUGCCCUUGGCAGGUCCUGUUGGUGUAUAAAGGAAAAGGUUUCUGUGGAGGAGUGAUUUACAAACCAACAUGGAUCCUCACUGCAUCUCACUGCCUGGAGAAUAUGAACCAACAAUUUCUUAAAGUAGUUGCAGGUGAACACAACAUAAACGUUAAUGAAUCCACAGAGCAGCUGGUCCAAGUCACUCAGAUCAUCAUGCACGAGAACUAUGUGAUGAGUACUGUUGACAAUGAUAUUGCCCUCCUCCGGUUAGCAUCUCCAUUAGUCUACUCUCCGCAUGUGGUCCCAGUCUGCCUGCCCACACGAUCACUGGCAGGACGUGAGUUGUGGGCGAUCGACCUGCACACGGUGAGCGGCUGGGGGAAGCGCAGCGAGAACGGGCCCACCUCAGCUCUCCUCAGACGCACCAAAGUACCUCGGAUACGAACACAGACCUGUAUAGAUCAAAGCGGAGUGGAGCUCACCAAGAACAUGUUCUGUGCCGGAUACCUGGAUGGUCGGACAGACUCGUGUAAGGGCGACAGCGGGGGACCCCUGGUGACCAAGUACAAGAAAACAGUUUUUCUUCUUGGUAUUGUCAGCUGGGGGAAGGGCUGCGCUCGACCGGGUAACUACGGUAUCUACACCCGAGUGUCCAACUACCUGGAGUGGAUCCACAACCAAACAGUGACACCAGAGCUCCCUAAAAACACCUCUGAGGCUGCACUAGGAAACCUAACCACCUGAGGGAAGCUGGCAUCCCUUAGACUAAGUUACCGUAACUGAAUAAGGACGUUUUACAGCAAAGAAAAACUGACAAUAAUGACAGAAACACUAAUUAAAUAAAAGCUAUGUUCAAAAAAA